AUGGCAAACAAGCAGGAGAUACAGGACACCGAGGAAUUACUCAAGAAACAGUCACUCCCUCCACCACAUAUAGUUGACAGUAAUACACCUAUUAUCCCCUCUGAAAAAGACGCACCCAAGCCAUCUUCUCUUGCGCCCUCCAAUGCCACCAACCCCUCAGACAUCCUGAAAGCCAUCACCCUCCACAACUCCCUCCGCCGGUCUAGAAACAUUCCCUCUCUUACCUACGACAAAUUCCUCGAAGAUUCCGCCCGUCAAUGGGCAGAACACCUAGCCAAAAACAUCGGCAAACUCCAGCUUGCAGCGGACACUAGUCAAGGAGAGAACAUUUACUGGGUGAGCGGCGGUGGAAUCGAGAAAGAACCAUGUGUGAAUGUGACGAGGAGCUGUCUGAACGAAGGGCGAUGGUAUAGGGGGCAGAAAGUGGGGGAUCCGGCGGAGGGUGUGACUGGGCAUCAUACUCAGUGUAUGUGGCCGAGGACAAGAAAGGGUUGGGAUUGCAGCUGUGGAGGGUGUGAGUGGGGAUGGAAAGAGAGGAGUUUAUGUUGUUGCUAG